UCGGAACGUAUGAAAAUUAAUUCUUUGCAAACGGAAUUCAAGUUUUUUUUUGUUUUCUGUGUGAUAUAUACAUAACUUCACGAUGAUGGCAUUUCGUGGAUGGAAGUGGCUGCAAGUGCUGGCCCUUAUCUGGUCAAUAAACUUCUCCUAUGGACAAAAUGUAGACUCUCUGUGCCGCUCUGAUGAGGUUUGUGUCACUGUGCAGCGUUGCAAUGAGACCGAUGAUUCGGGACGUUUCAAGGGUAUACAACCACGGAUAGCUCGCUUUUGUGGUCCUAAUAUGAAUAACAUAUGCUGCGAGCGAGAGCAACUGGAGAACUGGGAUGCCGAUGCAGCAAGUCGAGCUGGACAACCCACAUCGGGAAUAAUGACAAAAUCAAUUGUGGGUCAAUCAGUUGGCGACGAUGAUGAGAGAUAUGAGAGCUGUGGACCAAAUAUGGAAUGUGUGCCAAGGAAAUUGUGCCAGGACAAUAUAAUAAUCGAUGAUGGACGACAUAUUAUCAAUCCAAGAAUUGGCACAAGUGAGUGUACGAAAUCUUUGCAUCGUUGUUGCCGCAUAGAUCAGAAGUUAAAUGAAGAUGAGAGUCCGUAUAUUGCCAAGCUAACAAAUUUCAAAUAUCGGGGAUGUGGCUGGAGCAAUCCCAUGGGUCUCAUUCCCGACAAGGAUACCUAUGAGUAUGACUCGGAUGUGUCUCUGUUCGGGGAAUUUCCCUGGAUGAUGGCCAUAUUUACGGGACGUAAUCAAUAUUUAUGCGGCGCCACUUUAGUUCAUCCCCAAUUGGUAAUAACAAGUGCUCACAAUAUCAGAAAUCAAACAGUGGACACACUAGUUGCUCGAGCCGGUGAAUGGGAUCUCAAUAGUCUGGAUGAACCGCAUGAGCAUGUGGUGGCACGUAUUCGUCAAAUAAUCACCCAUGAGGAAUUCGAUCCGGAUAGGUAUUACAAUGAUAUUGCUUUGCUGGUGCUGGAAGAGCCGAUGAAAUUGGCACCACAUAUUCAACCACUGUGCCUGCCACAGCAGGAGUCACCGAAAGUGAAGGCCGAAUUCAAUACGGGAGUCUGCUAUGCCACCGGUUGGGGAACCAAGAAACCAAACAGCGAUAAGCUGGAACGCGUAUUGAAACGCAUUGAUUUGCCGGUGGUGGGCAAAGCCGAAUGUCAGGGGAUGUUGAGAACAACAGUUCUGGGUAGAAUUUUUCGAUUGCGUCCCAGUUUUAUUUGUGCUGGUGGCCAACGGGGCAAGGACACCUGCAAGGGUGAUGGCGGUUCACCACUCUUCUGCUCGCUGCCAGGACACACUGAUCGCUUCCAAAUGGCUGGCAUAGUGUCGUGGGGCGUUCAGUGUGGCGAGGAGGACUUGCCAGCGGUUUAUGCAAAUGUUGCAUAUCUCAGAACUUGGAUCGAUGACAAGGUCAAGGCAUUGAAUUUCACUCUGGAAAAGCCAUAACAGAAAACACGACAAAUCUCAAUCGUAAUAAUUAAUAAAUAGAAUUUAAACAACGGAUUUAUAGGCAUCCCAAGGAAUAAUACAAACUUACAGAUAUCAUGGAAAAUUAA